UGCGCCUGCGCCAACUCUUUCCUGGCUGCCCCGGUCCCGGCUCGGCGGCUCCGGCGCUCUCGGGCUUUUCAUGGAAGAGAUGUCGGGAGAAAGUGUGGUGAGCUCAGCGGUGCCAGCAGCUGCCACCCGCACCACUUCCUUCAAGGGGACGAGCCCCAGCUCCAAGUACGUGAAGCUCAAUGUGGGGGGAGCCCUCUACUACACCACCAUGCAGACCCUCACCAAGCAGGACACCAUGCUGAAGGCCAUGUUCAGCGGGCGGAUGGAGGUGCUCACGGACAGUGAAGGUUGGAUCCUUAUUGACCGGUGUGGGAAGCACUUUGGUACAAUCCUAAAUUACUUGCGGGAUGGGGCCGUUCCGCUGCCCGAAAGCCGCCGGGAGGUCGAGGAGCUCCUGGCUGAGGCCAAGUACUACCUGGUCCAGGGCCUGGUGGACGAGUGCCUGGCGGCCUUGCAGAACAAAGACUCCUACGAACCUUUCUGCAAGGUGCCCGUGAUCACCUCCUCCAAAGAAGAGCAGAAGCUGAUAGCCACGUCCAACAAGCCGGCAGUGAAGUUGCUUUACAACAGAAGUAACAACAAAUAUUCCUACACCAGCAAUUCUGAUGACAACAUGUUGAAAAACAUCGAGCUGUUUGACAAGCUGUCUCUGCGUUUCAACGGGAGGGUCCUGUUCAUCAAAGACGUCAUUGGCGACGAGAUCUGCUGCUGGUCCUUCUAUGGGCAGGGCCGGAAGAUCGCAGAAGUCUGCUGUACGUCCAUCGUCUACGCCACAGAGAAGAAGCAGACCAAGGUGGAGUUCCCGGAGGCCCGCAUUUAUGAGGAAACCCUGAAUAUUUUGCUGUACGAGGCUCAGGAUGGCCGAGGUCCGGACAAUGCACUUUUGGAGGCUACGGGUGGCGCUGCUGGCCGCUCCCACCACCUGGAUGAGGAUGAAGAGCGCGAGAGGAUCGAGCGUGUGCGUUGGAUCCAUAUCAAGCGCCCCGAUGACCGGGCCCACCUCCACCAGUGAGCAGUCCAGCCACCCCGCUGUGCUGCUCUCAGAGACUGCCCCCAGGCGCCCAGGCAAUGUUGAGAGCCUUUCAGGUCUAGAAACGGUAUUUUGUAACAAAUCAGAUCAUUCUUUUGGUAUUUCUUGGCAAGAUGAAUUGGUUCAGUCCCAGGGUCCCUCUUCACCCUGGGAUGGCUCAUGCUGCGUCUGUCGUUUUUCCUCUUUCCCUGAACGUGAAUGAGUCUUUGGGAAAAGCAUUGCCCGGGCCUCGGAAUGAACAGUGAGGACUUUGAUUUUCAGUAUUUAUUUUUGGUGGGGAUCCUGCGGGGUCAGCUCCGAGCUCUUUGAAGAUCACCCUGACUCGGGGGGCUCCCUCCUGUGGGUCAGCUGCCCGGGUCCCAGACGUCUGCGGUCCCCGAGGCCGCCCUGAGCCGGUCUCUGCCCAUCCCAGGGGGAAGCGUGGGGCUGUGGGCUUGUCCCACAGCUGUGCCCCCUCCCAAGGAAGAAGGCCCCAGGGGCCACGUGCAGUAUUUCCAUGGCCAAACGGCCAAAAAAACCCAAACCUUCUCAAAUGGGAAUUUCUUUCUCUUAGAACAAUCAUGUGUCUCUUGUGACCAAGGAAAUAACCCCCUCAGUGUAAGGACGUAGCAGCAGAGUCUGGUCCACAAAGGGGCCCCUCAGCCGGGAGCUCCGUUUCACAGGCCCCCUAGGCCCUCGACCCCCAAGUGUCCAGUUAAGAAUGUGGUUUGGGGGAUGCCAGAGGCAGGGGGUCAGCUUUGCGUGGCCAGUGGGUCCGGUCCCCAUGUCACAGGCAGGACAGCAGCGGGCCCCAUUGUCCAGCCAUGUUUUCCACUACAAUACUGACAGUGACUGGGGGGACGUAGGACAUAGCCUAGGGAUUGGGGCCAGACCUGGGUCUUCCUUGGUCUCAGGAGCUCCUGGGGCGGUCCCUCCACCAGUGCAGGUCAGCGCUUCUCAGCCAUUGACUGUUGUAGGGAGUUGCCUCCAUCACCUGGCGGUUAGUCAGACAUACUGUAGGUGCCAGCGUCAGGACUCAAACCCAAGUCUUCCUGGCUCCGAGGCAGGCUUUCUAUUCAGCAGCUCCUUGGCCUCUGCCCCCUGCGCCUGCCCGGGUGCCUCCUAAGAGGCAGGAAUGGCCAUCUCAUAGACUGUGGGGUGGGUCCUUUAGUCAGACUUCUUGAGAAGAUGGUUUCUUCAGCCCCUUCCCUGUGCAGAGGGGCAGCCCCUGCCCUGCCUUCUCCCCCCCCACUCCCCCACCCUGGGCAGAGGCUUCAAGAGCGGAGCUCAGACUGUCCUAGGAGAAUGGCCUCACUUUUGUAGCAUUUUCUUUACCACAGCCCGCCAGGGAAAGAAUGUGACUAUCAGCAGCCCCAUUUUACUGAUGAAGAAACUGAGGCUCAGAGCCAUUUGUGUCCCUCCUACCUUUAUCCAGCUAGUCCAUAUCAGAGUUGGGCCUUGAACCCAGGUCUUCUGCCUUUCCUUACUGUAAAUAAGAGAAUGUUCCCAGCAGGGUUCUAGGCCUUACCUCUGGGUCUCCACCUGGCUCGGGCCCCAGCUUUGGGUCAUCACAAGUGGUUCUGGCUGCGUUCAUCCAGCAGACUGACGAGAUGGACAAAUACCUUCGAAGUGUCUCCCUCUGCCUGUUUGUUUUUGCCACUUUCAGAGAAUGGAAAAAGGACGUGUUUGUGUGACUGUGACAGAGCGAGUGGUGUUGCUCGGGGGCCCCAGGCCGUGGGGGUGAGGGGGUGCGCGGCAGGCAGGGCUCUUUGCCGCCAGGGAAUGGACAGGUGGCUCAGACUCCGCCGGGGGAGCGUCAGGCGUGUGACGACAAAGAGGUGACGGACGCGACUGAGAGAAUCAGAGGGGUGUUUGAGUUUUAUACCAAAGCAUUAGUCGCAGCAAGUUUGAUUGUUACCAGACAAGGUAUUUCUGUGAGUCUGUUUAUGUACUGACGUAAGCCACAUGCUCUCAGAGGCACUUGGCCUGGAAGCGGUCAGAAGGGAGCAGGUUUUUAAAACGCUGUUACUUCAUCUCCUGUUCACCAUCCUGCAGCCUGUGGAGAUCAGAAAAUCACACCCAGACCACGUCUGACUAUUCCAAUCACGUAUUCAUCAGCCCAAGGCUAGCACUGGUGUCUUUGUACAAAAUGUUCCUGACUCAGUUUACCAAGUCAGGCUUCCCCCAAAAAUGACUUUCAAAAGAACUUUGUGUUAGUUGGGAUUUAAGCUUCCCACCUGAAUCAUGCGCUGGGACCUCUGGGGAGAUCGAGACAAGCUCCCUGCCCGUCUGCUGGGCAGGCUUUGUGAAUCGGGUCACAUCGUACAGUGAUAACGCAUCAUGAAUAUAGGCAGGCCAUUAAGGGGCCCAUUGUAUUGGAGAAGUCACUGUAUAAUUACUCUUUGAAAGUAGAUUUUUCUUAAUCUAGAAUUUAUUGUUCACAUAAUAAAACCUGAACUUUGUUAGUACUUCCAUGGUCAAGACGAAGUUUCCUUCUGUCUCAGUCCCCCACACAUACACCCACAAGAGUGGCUCAGCUUAGGGGAAGACCGGAUGGUCCCACGUGGCCAGUGACGGUGCCACUGACCACAGUGACACACAGCCCAAGCCUGUGUCUCCCCACGUCCUGCAGGAAGGGGGACAAGGCCCCAAGCUGAGGAAGCACCGAGAGAAAAACCGGUUGGUGUCUUAGAACUGUAGUUCGUCCAGUGCUGCUGGAACCACACGCUUGUGGCAAAAAGACAAAUCACAGUUCUGUCCAAACCCUCAGCCCCGUCUGUCCUCAGCAAGCCCACCCUUCGGCUGCCAGCCGCAUCCCUCAGGCCAAGGUCCUGUGUCUGUUCUUCGAGCAGGGUGCACUUAGGGAGCCCAGAAGGCUAGCUUAGGGCCAGCCACAAAGGAAGCGGGGAAGGAGGCUUCUGGAGCUCCUGAGCUCAUCCCGAUUCCUGACCCUUUCAGGAUCAAACUCUUUCCUCCUCUGUGAACUGAGCAUGCGAGAGUUGGGCUCGCCCGCCAUCCCGGGCCAAGAGUUCGCCGUUAGCUCUUUUCUCACGUAUCCAAAGGGAAAGGCUCUUUUGCUUCCCAGCUCUGAUGUAUUUUUCAAUUAUCCUCUGAAAUUAAACUUAGAUUUAUGUUCCUGUUCCAUAAAGUGAUGAGUGAUGCCAUUAAUCCAACAAAAUUCAAGGAACAUAAUUUAUUAAGUGCUGUGUAUCGAUGCUGACUGAUCCUACCCCAAGCAGAAGGACAAGAAUACAAGUUCUAGAUUCGGCCCCAACCCCAAGCAGGACAAGAAGCUGGGUUCUAGAUUUGGCCCCCACCCUAAACAGGAGGACAAGAAUCCAGAUUCUAGAUUUGGCCAUUAUUUACAGCCAUUUUUCUAGUGACACUUGAGAGGUUAGAAGUUAAUGUCGAUUGCUCAAGAGAGGUCAAAGAUCAGCCCAAUGCUUAGUCAAAAAUAGUCCAUUUUAUUGCACAGUUACAAAAAGGAGGUUUAGCACAGCUUCCAAAGAGGUGGGAGACGCAGAGUUACUGCUGCUCUCAUCACACUGACUGCUCUUUCCAUGAUCACGACAUUCAAUCACCCGUUACACUCCACGCCGAGCCUGCCAGGAGAGCGGACUUUCCGAGCCACACGUGAGCACGAGGGUCACUGUGCCGAAGCCUUAGCUCUUUGUCAAGUCUUUCUAACCUGUGUUUCUAUGUCCUUCAAGGAAUCUGGCAGAUCCUGAAACCCUGAACGUUCAUGGACCACGUGUGGCCCGUGGCCCAUCGUGGCCCAUGACUGUGAAGGGGGCAGUGGGCGUGAUUCAGCUUCUGUAGAGUUGCAGUAGGGGAAUCCUUUCCUGUUGAGUGUACACACUUCUAACUAGAGGUUCACCAAAAAUAUCACUUUAGCACAUUCAGAUGUCUUGUACUAACUGUGCUGCCCCUUCAAGCUAUGCACAAAAUGCUUGUGUUUUGUUUUGGUUUUUUAGAAAUACUCAGUGUUUAUAAUUUACAAGCAUUUGUCUAUACAUAUAUAUAUGCAAAAUAAAAUGAUAUAAAGGACUUCUA